AUGAGUUACAGAAGCAGCACAGGAGCUUAUCGAAAAAUACUUGGCCCAGGUUUGGCCACAGCAAAUAAGUUGGUAGCAAAAUACAAAGACUUCAACAUAGAAAUUAAUAGUGCAGAAACAAACCUAGAAAAUCAGAUCAGAAUUCAAGGAAUUCUUAUCGAAGUAGAAGCCCUACAAAAAUCCACAGAGAAAAAGUUGACUCAACUAAGUGGGAUUAAUCAAGAAUGGCGUGAUCAAAUUAAAAUAUUGCCUCAAGAAGACCAUGUUGAAGAAGAUAAAAUAUUCAUAGAUUUCGACGACAAGACUUCUAUGACAGCCACUAUAGAGCAACUAGAUACUUGUCUGACAAAUCUAGAUGCUUACCUACGAACAGCUAAACAUCUUCUUGACUCCUUGGCCAGAACAGAUACUCCAGUAGUAGUACAACAACAAACUCCUGAAUACUUUCAAUUAGCCAAAUUGAAGCUGCCGAGAUUUAAUGGCAAAGGAGACUGGAGAGAGUUCGAAUCAAUUUUCGAAGAAUCUGUUGUAAAGAAUCCUUCAAUGAGCAAGGCUACAAAAUUCAGAUAUUUGGCCGACGCUUUGACUGAUGAAGCAAGGAUGUUAAUCGUACCAGCUUUUCCCCAAUCAGGCGAAAACUUCGAUGCAGCAUAUGCUGCUCUAAAAGAACGAUAUGGUACGGAAGAGGCACAAAAAAGACAUCUGGUCGAAGAGCUCUUAUCAAUGAAAAAACCCAAUGAUACGAAUUCAGAAGUAAAAAAUUUCCUCCAAAGUGUAGAAAGUUUGUGUUUAAGGAUGGAAGCAAUUCAUGUCGAUCCAAACAAAUUAGAAACAAGAUGUGCAGUAGAACGCAUACUACCGGGAAGACUCAAGAAGGAGGUAAUGAAAGCCAAAAUUAUGGCCGAUCAUUGGGACACAAAUGAGUUGAGGAAGACACUGAAGUUGUUGCUACGACUCGAAUUAGAACUAAAUGACAGUAAAGAUAAAACUAGUCAACGUUCUACUUUAACCACCCAGUCGAAAGGAAGCUUCAACAAAUUCGAUUGCUUGUUUUGUGGUAGUGAUGACCACAAAACAAGUUGGUGCAAAAAAUGUAAAACGCCGAAACAACGGCAACAAAGAGUGAGAGACCUGAAAAGAUGUCUAGGAUGCUUUAAAAGCAUUAAACACAAUUGUGGCGCCACGUGUAAAAUAUGUCAUAAAAAGGGGCAUCAUUAUAUCCUUUGUUAUAACAACAAGAUUUACGAAGGACAAAAUAAACAAAAACAAAAUAAUUGGAACAAAAGUCCAAGAAAAAACAAACAAACAAACUUCACCGAUAAUGAAUCGGGAGAAGACGAAUCGGAAAGAACGGCCAUUUUCGCUCAAAAUAUGAGCUUGGCAACAUUAUUGCCAACAUUAAGAAUAAAAAUUUCUGAUCCAAAAAACAAAAAAGGAUCAGCUAUUGUCAAUUGUUUAAUUGACAGUUGUGCCGACGAUUCGUACAUCACAAAAAGACUGGCAAAACAGAUAUCGGUGAUGACUACCGACAAAACCACUUUAAUUACUUCAACUUUUGGGGGAAGGAAAAGCGAAGAAAAGGCGGAAGAAGCCACGGUAACUCUGGAAUCGCUGGUAUCCAAAGACAAGUUGACAACAAAAGUAAUUGUGGUAAAAGAAAUCUCUGGCCAGGUCAAAAGAAUGAAACAGAUUAAUUCUGUACAAAAAAUCGAAAAGGUACAAAUAGAUGCGCUUCUCGGUGCAAAUAUUUUUGCAAAAAUUUGCAAUUUACCAAAAAACAAAUAUGGAUUUGCAAGCCUGAAAACAACAUUUGGUACAGCUGUACUUGGGACUGGAUCCACCCAAAAAGAGUCUGAUGAAAGUUGUAAAUUUUCAUUUGUUACCCAAGCUGAGAAGACAAAUGAAGAGCUUAAAAAGAUAUGGUCUUUCGAAGCCAUUGCGAUUGACGGAAGUGAUUAUGGCCUAAAGGUUGAAGACGAAGUAUUCAAACGAUUUCUCGAAACACUCAAAUUCGAGCAAGGCCGAUAUCAAGCGAGAUGGCCGUGGAAAAUACCCCGCCAAUUCGUCGCUGAAAGCCGCAAAUUGGCUCUUGGGAGAUUAAACAGCUUAUACAACAAGCAAAAGGGCUCAAAACUUUGGGAUGAGUACGAUAAUAUAAUCAAAGAUCAGAUUGAGAAAGAUAUUAUCGAAGAAGUCACCGAGGAAAAAGCCAGUGACGGUAAUUGUGUACAUUACUUGCCUCACUUGGCGGUUGAAAGACCUGAACAUUCGUCAACUAAAAUACGCAUCGUCUUUGAUGCAUCGGCUGGAAAGUACAGCCUUAAUGAUGCGAUGGAAAAAGGACCUAUGUUGGUACCAUUACUAAUGGGUAUACUGUUGAGAGUAAGAACAGGCAAAUACUUAUUAGCAGGAGAUUUGGAAAAAGCUUUUUUAGCCAUUGAGCUUCAGAAAGAAGCCAGAGAUACGACAAGAUUUUUGUGGCUAAAAAACCCGAAUCUACCGCCAUCACCAGAAAACUUGAGAGUGUUCAGAUUCAAAAGAAUUGUUUUUGGUAAUCGAAGCUCUCCGUCUGUUUUGGCUAUGACGCUAAAACAUCUCGUAACUGAAAAGGCUCCGAGCUUCAUUCAAAAAGAACUCGACGAGAAUACAUAUGUUGACAACACAAAUGUUCAGGCAGAGACAGCUGAAAGACUGUUUGAGAAGUAUGAGGCACAGGAAGAACUAUUUGAAAGUGCUUCUAUGAAAAUCGGAAAAUUCGCUACAAAUUGUGAAGCCGUCAAGAAGAAAAUUCCGAAAGAGGAACAAGAAGAAAAAGAAACGGUUUCCAUGCUUGGAUUACUUUGGAAUACAGUAGAAGAUACUUUGGAAGUAAAAAUUCCCAAAGUACCUACAAUUUACACAAAAAGAGAAGUGUUAAGUAGGUUACAUGGGAUAUUCGAUCCCAUGGGCUUCGUUUGCCCGGCUCUUCUCCCACUAAAACAGUUACUACAACAAUUGUGGCUAAAAAACUUAGAUUGGGACGAGGAAUUACCAAUAGAAAUGAAAGAUCUGUAUGAUCAAUUCAGACAAUCAUGGGCAAACUCAGAAGCUGUAAAAGUACAAAGACAUGUACGAAUUGAAGAACAAAACAUCCUCCACGGCUUUAGUGAUGCUUCUACUAAAGCUUAUGGAUGUGCCAUGUAUUUGAAUGGCAAAUUGAUUCUGGCCAAAACACGAGUUUAUCCAACAAAGAUGAAAGUUCUCGUGCCCAAAGGUGAACUUUGUGGCUUACUAAUUAAUGUGAGAGCUCUAAAAUUCAUCAAAACGCAACUAAAUAUACAAAAUUGUAAAAUGAUUGCUUGGACGGAUUCAACAGCUGCCCUAGGUUGGGUAUUGGCCGAAGAAGACAGCAAAGAUGUCUUUGUGAGAAACAGAGUUCGCGAAAUCAAACAAAUUCAAAAAGAAUGCGAAAUCGAAAUACGCCACGUGCCAGGAGAACUUAAUGUGGCUGACAAAGCUUCUCGAGGAUGUUCAAUUAAUGAAUUAAUGAAUGACAAGUCAUGGUGGAACGGCCCUGAGUUUAUACAUGAUUCAGAAGAAAAUUGGCCAAAGAAUCCACAAGAAGUCAAAGUUAUCGAUGACUUGAAUGAAGAAAAACCUCGAGUAAUUGUUCAAACCUUUUUGACUGUUAAAGAUGAGAUGGAGCCAGAAGUUGUCGAUUGUAUUCGAAAAUCAACUGAUUGGAAAAAUGCUCUCUCCAAUCUUUCAAAAGAUUGUCAAAAAAGUCAAGCUGAAGCGACAAAGCUGUUGAUCAAAUGUGGUCAAAUUGAAGACGGUGAACCAUCAAAAGAAUUGCAAUCAAAUCUCAAUCUCUUUUAUGACAAAAAUAAAAUAUUGAGAUGUCAAUUCAGAGUUCAACCUACAAUCAAACACUAUUACUUGCCAAAAAACUCGAUGAUUACAAAAUGGCUGAUAGUGUAUAUACAUGAAAAAAAUGGCACACAGUGGCAUCAAUCAGACUUUGAGUACUGUCAGACAAAUCGGUUGGAUUCCUCAAGGCAGAAGGACAACAGAAAAAGCUUUAAAAUCUUGCGUCCAAUGCCAGACAGAAAAGGCAAAGCCGUACAAAUUGCCACAAAUGAAUGUGCUUCCAAAAGAAAGAACAGAAAAAAUUAUACCUUUCGAAAAUACAGGCCUCGAUUUUGCAAGUCCUUUUAUUUUGAAAGGCUCAAAGGAAGGAGACGAGAAGAAAGUAUACAUCUUACUCUUCACAUGUUUGGUUACAAGAAUGAUUCACUUGGAAUUAACAGAAGACAUAACAAGUAAAAAUGCAUUAAAUGCAUUAAUCCGAUUUGUUAAUCGAAGAACCAAACCCAAAGUUCUGUUAUCUGAUAACGGAACUCAGCUGAAGGCAGUCUUCAAAGCCUUUCCACAAUGGUUCAACGAUGAAGCCAUUAAAUGGAAGUUUAUUCCAGAAUCGGCACCAGCUUUUGGCGGCGUUUACGAACGUUGUGUUGGAAUAACUAAAAAGGCAUUAACAAAGAUGACUGGCCACAGCCGAAUGUCCGCAGAGGACUGGAGAACGACAAUAACAGAAGUCGAAGCGAUUGUAAACUCGCGACCCCUGUUGUAUUCUUCAAAAGAACCACAAAAAACUAUCAGGCCGAUAGAUUUUUUGCUGCCAGAUGUCGUUCUCGGCCUUCCUCAACUUGAAGACAUGGAGGAAGAGAAUCCGGAAGAUGAAGACUAUCUUCCAAUCAAAUUGAAAAAAGACAAAUUAGUAGAUGCCUACAGAGCAAAAGUUGCACGAAUCAAUGAAUUCUGGAAGGCUUAUCAAACAUUGUAUUUCGAUAUGCUACGAGAAAAGUCCAGAUGGCAUCACAAAGGCAAAGGUAUCGAAAAGGAGCCAAAACUUCACGAAAAAGUGCUUAUUCACGAAGAAAACAAAAAAUAA